AUGGUGACCACACCAUCAUCACAUUUGUCAGAUGUAGAACUAAAACCAAAAAAUAGUCGAAUUCAAUAUCAUCGGCGUCGUCAAAAAUUAUGUACCACUCAACGUCUGCCGGCUUUUUUUGCUUGGCUUAUUUUAUUAACUACGUCAUUUGCAUAUUGGAUAUGUAUUUUUCCAGAGAUUCUCAUACUUCUACCAAAACUUUUACCUAUUCCAAUUUUACACUGCAUUUUAUUUGUGCUUGUAUGUGCAAACUUUGCUCUCGCUACAUUUAUGGAUCCAGGCAUCUACGAGCAAUCAUUAAAAAACGAAUAUGGUAAUGUCAGUUUUUAUACUCGUCGAUCGAAACACAACAAUGGCUUUGAAAUAAAUGAUGGUGAUGAUGAAGAUGAUUUUGAUGAACCACAAUCUCGUCUGAUUCGUAUUAAAGAUGGAUCGGUCUAUAUCAAAUAUUGUCGUACAUGCAAAAUGUUUCGUCCACCACGAUGCUCACAUUGUUCUAUUUGUGAACGAUGCAUAGAUACAUUCGAUCAUCAUUGUCCAUGGCUCAACAAUUGUGUCGGUCGUCGUAAUUAUCGUUAUUUUUUUCAAUUUUUAUUUCUUCUAUGUAUUCAUAUGGUAUUACUAUUUACAUUUUGUCUUUAUUAUGUUCUUCAUGAACGCCAUCAUAAAGCUGUUACAAACAAUUUUAUCAUGAUGCCGUCAAACAGUCAUUUAUUAAAACGACAAAAUGAUUAUUCAUCAUCCAUGUAUUUAAAUAAAACGUCCUUUGUUGGUUUUUCGGAUUAUCGCUUUAUUAUUUGUAUUAUUUUACUUCUUCUUCUUGGCCUUAUGGCAAUACCUAUUGGUGGUUUAACAGGCUUUCAUAUUUAUCUUAUAUCACAAGGUCGUACAACAAAUGAACAAGUGACUGGCAAAUAUCGUAUACAAAAUGAUGUAUUUAAUAGAGGUUACUGGAGAAAUUUUUGUAACGCGUUAUGUCAACCCCUAUAUCCUCAAUUGAAAAAGUCGAAGACGAAACGUUACAAUGUUAAUUUAUUUGACGAAAUGGCCUAUGGAAUAAUAAACAAUAAAAUCGUAAAAAAUGAACGCGAUGAAAAACGAAAGAGCGGUUAUGAUGAAGCCCAUAAAUUAAAUGCCAAAGCAAAUAUUUUUAGUAAUCCAUUCGAUGAAAAAGUUCGCCAAUGUAAUAAUUCCAUUCAUAUUGCCCAACAGCAGCCGCUUGUUCCAUCUUCGAAUUCCGUUCCGUUAGCAUCUUCAUAUCCUGAGGGUGUUAAAAAUACUCUUCUACAGCAAACGACAAAACCCGAAUUUGAAUCCAUGCGUCGUAGUCUAUCAAAUAUGUCAUUAUCUUCACGUUGCUCAUAUGAUAAUAUUGAAGAAAAUGAAGAUGAUAUUCAUCAACCAUUGCCUUACCAUCCAAAUAAUAAUAAUAAUAAUAAUAAUUCGAAACACAUGAAAAAAAUGUAUGUUAAUCAAAAUUCUGUUCAAGCUGAUAAUGUAUCGACAAAUAGUGGUGUAACAUUGCGAACUGACUCCUAUCGACAAGCGCAUCCUUUACAUUCCUUUGCUUUUGAUUAUCCAAAACGGCCAUUGUUACCUCAAUCAAUACAAAACAAUGAACAACAGAAUCGUCGAAAAAUGAAUGGAAGUAAACAUUAUGAAAUAUCUGUGUGA